CACAGAUUCUUCAGACAGGAAAGUAAGGGUGUUGGGGAGGGGCAGGGGCAGGCCGCUGCUCCCUGAGCAGGUGGAGGCCCAUAGGCAGAGGGCCAGUAAAUGGGCAGAUGACUUCUUUGGUCCCCAAGCUCCACCAGGCAUUGCUCCUGGCUUGCCUCUUCCUGCUGCUGCUGCUGGUUCAAGGAGUGAAGCCACAGAGUGGGGACCCCAACGGGAAUGGGAGGAGCCAAAAAGAAAAGAAGGCCUCCCUGACAGGUGAGGGUGAAGAAGAGCUAGAGGAACAUUUUGUGGCUUCAUCAGUUGGAGAGAUGCUACAGUUGCUGACCAUGGAGCACUCACAAGAGGAAGAGGCAGAAGUAGAGGCGGAAGUGGAAGAGGGCACAGCUGUUCGGGACCGCCUCUUUGACCUGGCUUUUUGCUUCAACAUUGCCAGCAUCCUGGCUUUUUUAUGAGGGACAUGGAGGCAGGGGUCAUUGCCUGGUUUCUGGAUGAGGAACUGGACAUCUACCUCCGCUUCAUGAUUGCCUACUGAUUUCCCCUGACCCCGGGGUUAUCACUCCCCAAGGGACGUCUGCAUUGAUUCUUGCUAGCUCCCACCCUCUGCUUCUAAACCUUGGCCUCAGAUGGCACUUGGGAACUGGAAGGCACCUGUUUCUGAAACCACUGCCUGAUUUCUGCCACUAAGCCUCCUGGACAUCACCACCCUGGACCAGGGACACCAUAUCCCACUCCCCACUCUCUCUUCUCUGCCUUGUGAUACAGAUGCCCAGAGGGUUGGGGAUGGGGAGGGAAGCAGCAGCAACAGUAAUAAACCCCCCAAAACAAA